UCUCCAAAUUCUUGAAUAAAUUCAUUAAUAUUUUUACUAAGUCACCAGCUUUCUUGAACGACAAGCAGUAAAUAUUUUAGCAGAGAAAAUGACAAUAAGCAUGUUUUCCAGAAUAUUUACCUCUAUGAAACUCACUGUGGCAAGAACUUCAAAAUUUUGGUUAAGAGGACACUAUUUUGUUCAUAGUGAAACAAUCAGAAAGCAUAAUUGUGAAAAUCAAGCAGAUUGGUGUAUGUAUAUAACUCCCUCUUCCAAGAAAUUGUACUGAACAUAGCAAAGAGUGCUUAAUAAUAAUAAAAGAUAAAAUAAGAAUUAGAGAAUCAACGCUUGCAUUAUCACUCAUCUUUCAAAACACUCAAAAUUUCGAGAUGUUAGCAUUAAGAUAUCAGUUUUAUUCAUCAGUGAUCCCGUCA